UCAGAAGUGGGGCUGUGCAGAGAUAUUUUCUUGUCCUUUCCGGAAGAAACCUCUAGAAACAAAGGCAGGGUUAUCACAUGGACCCUAGGGCUGCCUGGGAAAAGCAGGAGGUGCAGAUAUCAAAGUUGGAACCUUUCUGAAAUAUGCUUUUGUCUCCGUUUUGACUGCGUUCAAUCAGAUCAACAAGUGUUGGCUAAGUGUUGAGCGUGGUUUCCUGUGGGAUUGUGUAAGGCUCUGCAGGACAAUAAACGUUUGGGGGGCACUGAGUAAUGUAGCCAUUUCUGACCCAGCAGCCGGGAACAUGUGAGACAAUUUGCUGCUGCUGGAAGGAGGACAACUGGGGCUGGGUUCCUGCAAAGAGAAGAUUAACUUUGGCGCUGUGGACCUGGGCGACAGAAAAGGCCGAAAUGGACGAUAAUAUGGAUAAAAAAUCCAUACUAGAAGAACUUCUUCUCAAAAGGUCACAGCAAAAGAAGAAAAUGUCACCGAAUAAUUACAAAGAACGGCUUUUUGUUUUGACCAAAACAAACCUCUCCUACUAUGAAUAUGACAAAAUGAAAAGGGGUAGCAGAAAAGGAUGCAUCGAGAUUAAGAAAAUCAGAUGUGUGGAGAAAGUCAAUCUCGCGGAGCAGACUCCUGUGGAGAGACAGUACCCGUUUCAGAUUGUCUAUAAAGAAGGGCUUCUCUACAUCUACGCAUCAAAUGAAGAGAGCCGAAGUCAGUGGUUGGAAGCAUUACAAAGAGAGAUAAGGGGCAACCCUCAUCUGCUGAUCAAGUACCACAGUGGGUUCUUCGUGGACGGGAAGUUUCUGUGCUGCCAGCAGAGUUGCAAAGCCGCCCCCGGAUGCACCCUCUGGGAAGCAUAUGCUGACCUGCACAUUGCAACCAAAGAAGAGAAGUAUAGACCUCUCGUCUUCCCAGACAGGGUGCUGAAGAUUCCUCGGGCAGUUCCUGUUCUCCAAAUGGAUGCACCAUCUUCAAGUACCACUGUAGCCCAGUAUGACAGCGACUCAAAGAAAAGCUAUGGCUCCCAGCCAAACGUCAACAUGCAGUACGUUCCAAGGGAAGACUGCCCUGACUGGUGGCAAGUAAGAAAACUGAAAAGCAAUGAAGAUUUCGCAGACAGCAACCAAAGGGAAAGAAAUGUUGUAAACCAGAGCGCCUCAAAGAUUUCAUGGGGAGUCCCUGAGUCAAGUUCGUCUGAAGAAGAGGAAAACCUGAAUGACUAUGACUGGUUUGCAGGUAACAUCUCCAGGUCACAGUCUGAGCAGUUACUGAGACAAAAGGGCAAAGAAGGAGCAUUCAUGGUGAGAAAUUCUAGCCAGAUGGGGAUGUAUACAGUGUCCUUAUUCAGUAAGGCUGUGAAAGAUAAAAAAGGGGCUGUCAAACAUUACCACGUGCACACAAAUGCGGAGAACAAAUUGUACCUGGCUGAAAACUACUGUUUUGAUUCCAUUCCAGCGCUUAUUCACUAUCACCAACACAAUUCAGCAGGCAUGAUCACCCGGCUUCGCCAUCCUGUGUCAACCAAGGCCAACAAGGUCCCCGUCUCUGCGUCCUUGGGAAGUGGAAUCUGGGAACUGAAGAGAGAAGAAAUCACCCUGUUGAAGGAACUGGGAAGUGGUCAGUUUGGAGUGGUCCAGCUGGGCAAGUGGAAGGGGAAGUAUGACAUUGCCGUCAAGAUGAUUAAGGAAGGCUCCAUGUCAGAAGAUGAAUUCUUCCAGGAGGCCCAGACCAUGAUGAAACUCAGCCACCCCAAGCUGGUUAAAUUCUAUGGAGUGUGUUCAAAAAGAUACCCCAUAUAUAUCGUGACUGAAUAUAUAACCAAUGGCUGCUUGCUUAAUUACCUGAAGAGCCAUGGAAAAGGACUUGAGCCCUCCCAGCUCUUAGAAAUGUGCUACGACGUUUGUGAAGGCAUGGCCUUCUUGGAGAGCCACCAGUUUAUACACCGAGACUUGGCUGCUCGGAACUGCUUGGUGGACAGUGAUCUCUCUGUGAAAGUAUCUGACUUUGGGAUGACAAGGUAUGUUCUUGACGACCAGUAUGUCAGUUCGGUAGGAACGAAAUUUCCAGUCAAGUGGUCAGCCCCAGAGGUGUUUCACUACUUCAAAUACAGCAGCAAGUCUGAUGUAUGGGCAUUCGGGAUCCUGAUGUGGGAGGUGUUCAGCCUGGGGAAGCAGCCCUAUGACUUGUACGACAACUCUCAGGUGGUUGUGAAGGUCUCCCAGGGCUACAGGCUGUACCGGCCGCAACUGGCGUCGGACACCGUCUACCAGAUCGUGUACAGCUGCUGGCACGAGCUUCCGGAAAAGCGUCCCACAUUUCAGCAACUCCUAUCUUCCAUUGAACCACUUCGGGAAAAAGACAAGCCUUGAAGAGGAAAUUUGGAGAGUGGAUGAGAGUGGAUAUACAUGUUGGCCAACAUUUUCAUUCUUCUUUGAAGAGAAACUAGCCAGGCACAAUGUCAUUUAGCUAGUUCUUCUUAAUGUUUUUUUUUUUUUCUUAAUGGUGUUCUGUGUGUUGUUUGUCUGCUAUAUUACCUAGACAUUGACAAGGUAGGAAACUGAAGAUGUCCUUGACUUUUAGGUCAAAUGAGUAAUUUCUUUUGUGUUGCUCUUAACAUAAUCCUUCCCAGCCUAUCGCAGAAGCCUCUUUUCUGAUUGCAAUAUGGAGAGGGUGUGUACCAUGUGUAAACAUUGAACAGAAUCAAAAUUUAUUUGUUAGAUAUUUGUUCUUUUCUUUAUAUUGUCGCUGUCAUAAUUAAAUACGUUAUUAGCAUGUACAAAAAUGUGGAAAUUUGCCUUCAUGUUUCAGGGUUCUCAAACAGUAGCACUCGUGAGAGUCAGGUACAAAGUCUCUUAAAACGGAGAUUCCCAUGAGCCACCCCAGAGACUCCGAAAGAGCAGGUCUGAGGGUAGCCCGAGAAUUUGUAUUUGCAACAAGCUCCCAGAGGAUGCCGAUGCUUUCAGUCAGAACUGCGCUAGGGGACCUCAUUAUGUGGUGGGGCACUCUCGUAGUUGUUGUUAGCAGCCAUCAAGUUGGCCCCCGCCUCAUGAUGACUCUGUGUACAAUAAAACGAAACACUUCCUGGUCCUGCACCAUCCCUGUGGUUAAUUGUGGAUCACAACGUUGUGAUCCAUAGGGUUUCACUGGCUGAUUUUUGAAAGAUUACCAGACCUUUCCUCCUAGUCUGUCUUAGCCUGGAAGCUCCGCUGAAACCUGUUCAGCAUCAUAGCAACACUCAAGCUUCCACUGACAGAUGGGUGGUGGCUGCACGUGAGGCGCGCUGGCCAGGAAUUGAACCUGGGUCUCCUGCAUGGAAGGUGAGAAUUACUACCACUGAUCCACCACUGCCCCCAUGAGGCAUCAUUAGUUGGCCCAUAAUUCAAACCAAAUGGUACCAUUUUCAUCUGAUACACAGAUUGAAACACUGAAUUUUUAUGUCAUUGUGUACGCCUCUGG